CUGCGUGGUAGGAUGUACCUCCGAUUCUCGGAAGCACUUAAAGCAUGGAAAAUACCCAUGGAUGAAGAAUGUGAUUUUUUUUCCCAUGCCAAAAACAGAUAAUAUCAGGAAUAGAACUAUAUUCAGAAGAUGGGUAAAAAUGAUCAAUAGGAAAGGUUGGGAGCCAACAGCAUACACAUGCGUUUGCUCAAGGCAUUUUGUGGACAAUGAGCCAACAUCGGCUAACCCUGUACCAACUUUGUGUAUGGCCCCAGUGUCUGGAAAAUCUCGUAGCCCUAAGAAAAGAUCUACCCGCAAACUCAAUCCCGCUGACUCCAGCUCUCCCACUUUAUGGACAGCUAUUCCGACUAUAGAUCUAGUUGAUGAAAAUUUGGAUGGCGAUGAUGCAGAUCUAGCUCUUAACAAUGAUAACAUAGUCAGUGAUCAGAAGGUGGAGCAAACUGCUGUGUUACUUGAAGCGGGAGAUGUACAGGUUAAUGAAGUUGAGGUGUCACUUCAUGCUGAUCGUAAGACUGGACCUACCAUUGGGGAAAUGUCAGUCUUCAAACACAGUGUUGGACCUAGUCCAGAACAUGACUACACACACCAAUCGCCAGGGAAGGCAGUUCGCACGAGAGAAAUGGGUGUCCAGACUGACAUUUCACGUGUUGAGUUUGAUGAAAUGGAGCGCUAA